AAUACGUGGAAGCAAGCAGAGGACGGCACAGCAGACGACUGAGUAGCUUCUUUUGGGUAAUAACUAUGCUAAGAGGAUGUGGCAGGUUCAUCCACAAGGCCAAGGUUCUGUGUGAUCUCCCCAUUCAGCUGCCAGGAACCACCACCUCUUCCUACUACUUCUCCGUCAGACGGCAAUGUCCUACUGAGGAACUGCGAGAUUUUGCAUUGCCUAAUGCCACAUGGAGCCAGAGCCUGAAGGAUCUAUACAACAAAUUCAUGGACCUCAGCAAACAUGGCAGCUGGAGACGGAUCCCUUCCCACAACACCAUUGCUCAUCAUUUAGAAGGUGACCCUCUUGCAACUGGGAUAGACAAACGGAUGUUCCUCAGAAACUUAGACGAUGAUGGUCUCGGAUUUGAGUACUGCAUGUUUUAUAACAAGGAUGAGAGGAGAAUGGUCUGUCUUUUCCAGCCUGGCCCCUACCUUGAAGGCCCCCCAGGGUAUGCCCAUGGAGGCUGCAUUGCCACCAUUAUUGACAGUACAGCUGGAGCAGGAGCCGUAUAUACAUGUGGUAGCGUCAUGACAGCUAAUCUCAACAUCACCUACCACAAGCCCAUACCCCUAGGGUGCACCUUGUUUGUGGACAGUCAUGUGGACAGAAUUGAAAGACGGAAGGUGUACUCAAGCUGUCAGAUCCAAAGUCAUGAUGGUGCAACACUUCAUGCAGAGGCCACAGCUCUCUUUAUAAAGCCGAACCAAUGAGUGGGAACAACUGAGAACAGAUCAUCCAUGGCGGUCCAUGAGCCUGGCCAACCAAUAGAAAAUGCACAAAGUGGUCUACAGAAUCUAUAUGUACCUUUGACUUCAUGGCAGCUGGAAACCACUAAUAAACAUAGAAGAUGCUGUGCUAUAGAUGUCUGAUUUUAAUUUUUUAUACUAAUUGUGGGAUAACCCCUUU